AUGGAGGAAUACAUUAAGGAGGCAUUGAGCAUGGGGUUUAUCCCUCCGUUAACAUCGCCGGCAGGAGCAGGCUUCAUGUUUGUGAGCAAGAAGGAUGGGUUCAAUUUCGUCCACACUUGUACCGGCAGCAAGAACGCAAAGGCCGAUGCUCUCUCCCAGCAGUUCGACGGAUCUGAGGACAAUGCUGACCCAGAGCCCAUUCCUCCUCGCUCAUGGGACCACUCUCUCUCAUCAGACAGUGCAGUUGCAGAUGCUUCACAUGGUUUUUUCAGAGUGCGCCUCUUUGCUUGCAGGUGGUUUGACAAGUCCCUGAGUUUUAUCAUCUUCAAGAACGGUAAAGUGGGCCUGAAUGCCGAACACUCCUGGGCGGACGCUCCCAUCAUCGGCCACUUGUGGGAGUACUUGUUGGCCACCGACCAGUUUCAGCUUGGAUACACAGAGGAGGGGAACUGCAAGGGAGUGCCUAAUCCCAGGAUCUCUGCACCCCAGCGGCUGCAGUGGGAGAUUGAAGAACCGUGCCAGGAAGUCAUCAAUCAGUCCCUGAGUGUUGCCCAGCAGCUUGCCAAUGACGUGGACUUCCACUCUUUCCCCUUUGAAAAGUUUGGGAAGGGGCUAAUCAAGCAGUGCCGGAUCAGUCCUGACGCCUUUGUCCAAAUGGCACUACAACUGGCCCAUUACCGGGACAAAGGUAAAUUCUGUCUAACGUACGAGGCCUCGAUGACCCGCCUGUUCAGAGAGGGUCGCACAGAGACCGUCCGAUCCUGCACCAGUCAGUCCACAGAGUUUGUGCUGGCCAUGAUGGACCCCACUCAGACGAGUGAAGAGAAGUUGAAGUUGUUUAAACUGGCAGCAGAGAAGCACCAGAACAUGUACCGUCUGGCUAUGACCGGGGGAGGCAUCGACCGCCACCUCUUCUGCCUUUACGUGGUGUCCAAGUACCUGGGGCUCGACUCCCCAUUCCUGAAAGAGGUCUUAUCCGAGCCGUGGAAACUCUCCACCAGCCAGACUCCACACCAGCAAGUUGACCUCUUUGACUUGAACCGGUACCCUGAGUACGUGUCCAGUGGCGGAGGCUUUGGACCGGUUGCUGACGAUGGCUAUGGUGUUUCUUACAUCAUGGUCGGAGAAAAUCUCAUCAACAUGCACAUUUCAAGUAAAUUCUCCAGCCCUGAGACAGAUUCUCACCGGUUUGGAAAACAUUUCCAACAAGCCAUGCUCGAUAUCCUUGCCCUGUUCGAGCCGGACAAGAGGACCAGCAAGUAGCGGCAGACCUGGUGUCAGAGCUCAGAGGACCGGACCCCGACCCUGGGGCAGAUUGUUUUUUGGUUGAUGCUGGCACAUGGUGUAGAACCAUACAAUCAUUUUGAACACUGACACAUUCAUUGGCUCCUGGAGCCCUGUGUUGUUAUGUGGGUGUGUCGACAGCUCAGGCCAGGCAGGAGCCUCCAGACUGAUGUCACUGAGCAGCUCCUUUUAGGAGCUUGUUAUACCACUACAAACUGCAUCCCCAACUCUUGGUCUUAGAGUUACUGCACGAGAUCAGGUAGAUAACUUCCUCUCUCUGCUCCAUCAUGAUCAUUACAUGGAGCUUUUAUUUUGAUUGUCUCUGAACAGUGCUUGAUCAUAAUUCUCAGGAUUGUUCAUGUAUCAAUGCAGGUCCCAGCCUGUGUGGGGAGGCAUUAUAUUACAGCUUCUUCACUGUUUCUAUUAGAAAGUUGUCUGACGGGAACAAGGGAAUCACAUCCCUCCCUAAGACCCUAUGUGGAAGUUUGUUGAUUUGGUGUGAAUAUUGUGUACAGAACCAAUGAAUGUAUUGCAGGUGAUCUUGGCUAUGAAGUAAAUAAAGAGCUGUGGACCAUUGCUCACUGCCCACUGU